AGGCCGCGCGCGGGCCGCCGGGCCCGAGCCGGGGCCAUGGGCGAGACCAAGAUCAUCUACCACCUGGAUGGGCAGGAGACACCGUACCUGGUGAAGCUGCCCCUGCCCGCCGAGCGCGUCACCUUGGCGGACUUUAAGGGCGUCCUGCAGCGGCCCAGCUAUAAGUUCUUCUUCAAGUCUAUGGACGAUGAUUUCGGGGUGGUGAAGGAAGAGAUCUCAGACGACAAUGCCAAGCUACCCUGCUUCAAUGGCCGCGUGGUGUCCUGGCUGGUGUCAGCUGAGGGCUCACACCCAGAACCUGCCCCCUUCUGUGCUGACAACCCAGCAGAGCUGCCACCACCUAUGGAGCGCACCGGAGGCAUCGGGGACUCACGACCUCCAUCCUUCCACCCUCAUGCAGGUGGGGGCAGCCAGGAGAACCUGGACAAUGACACCGAGACGGACUCUUUGGUGUCCACCCAGCGGGAACGGCCACGCCGGAGGGAUGGUCCAGAGCAUGCCCGGCUGAAUGGAACUGCCAAGGGGGAGCGGCGGCGGGAGGCCGGGGGUUAUGAUAGCUCCUCUACCCUCAUGAGCAGCGAGUUGGAGACCACCAGCUUCUUUGACUCAGAUGAGGAUGAUUCCACUAGCAGGUUCAGCAGCUCCACAGAGCAGAGCAGUGCCUCGCGCCUAAUGAGAAGACACAAGCGCCGACGGCGGAAGCAGAAGGUCUCCCGGAUUGAGCGGUCCUCCUCCUUCAGCAGCAUCACUGAUUCCACCAUGUCGCUGAACAUCAUCACUGUCACCCUCAACAUGGAAAAGUACAACUUCCUGGGCAUUUCCAUUGUGGGCCAAAGCAAUGAACGUGGUGAUGGAGGUAUCUACAUUGGCUCCAUCAUGAAGGGCGGAGCCGUGGCAGCUGAUGGACGCAUUGAGCCUGGAGAUAUGCUGUUACAGGUAAACGAGAUCAACUUUGAGAACAUGAGUAAUGAUGAUGCAGUCCGGGUGCUGCGGGAGAUUGUGCACAAACCAGGGCCUAUCACCCUGACCGUAGCCAAGUGCUGGGACCCAAGUCCACGUGGUUGCUUCACGUUGCCCAGGAGCGAACCCAUCCGGCCCAUUGACCCUGCAGCCUGGGUCUCCCACACUGCAGCCAUGACCGGCACCUUCCCCGCCUACGGCAUGAGCCCCUCCCUGAGCACCAUCACCUCCACCAGCUCCUCCAUCACCAGCUCCAUCCCUGACACAGAGCGCCUAGAUGACUUUCACCUGUCCAUCCACAGUGACAUGGCUGCCAUCGUAAAAGCUAUGGCCUCUCCUGAGUCAGGGUUGGAGGUUCGUGACCGCAUGUGGCUCAAGAUUACCAUCCCCAAUGCUUUUAUCGGCUCAGAUGUGGUAGACUGGCUGUACCACAACGUGGAAGGCUUCACUGACCGGCGGGAGGCCCGCAAAUAUGCCAGCAACCUGCUGAAAGCCGGCUUCAUUCGCCACACUGUCAACAAGAUCACCUUCUCCGAGCAGUGCUACUAUAUCUUCGGAGACCUCUGUGGCAACAUGGCUAACCUAUCCCUACACGAUCAUGAUGGCUCCAGCGGUGCUUCAGAUCAGGACACGCUGGCCCCCCUGCCACAUCCUGGGGCCGCCCCUUGGCCCAUGGCUUUCCCUUACCAGUACCCACCACCCCCACACCCCUACAACCCGCACCCUGGCUUCCCAGAACUGGGCUACAGCUACGGCGGGGGCAGUGCCAGCAGUCAGCACAGUGAAGGCAGUCGGAGCAGUGGCUCCAACCGCAGUGGCAGCGAUCGGAGAAAGGAAAAGGACCCGAAGGCCGGGGACUCCAAAUCGGGCGGCAGCGGCAGUGAAUCAGACCACACUACCCGCAGCAGCCUUCGUGGGCCGCGAGAGAGGGCCCCCAGUGAGCGCUCAGGCCCGGCGGCCAGCGAGCACAGCCACCGGAGCCACCACUCACUGGCCAGCAGCCUGCGCAGCCACCACACGCACCCGAGCUACGGCCCUCCUGGAGUGCCACCACUCUAUGGGCCUCCCAUGCUGAUGAUGCCUCCGCCGCCUGCAGCCUUGGGGCCCCCUGGAGCACCCCCGGGCCGUGACCUUGCUUCGGUGCCCCCUGAACUGACCGCCAGCAGACAGUCCUUCCGCAUGGCCAUGGGAAACCCCAGUGAGUUCUUCGUGGAUGUGAUGUGAGCAGGCUCCCCCAUCCCCUGUUCCGUCCCACCCCAUUCCCGAGCCGGUCAGUCCCCCCCCAUCCGUCCGUCAGUCUUUUUUACUGUGUCUGGUACCUAAAAGGGAAAUAAACAAAACUAAACCGAGGCGCACUAACUGCUAGCUAGCUGGCGAAGUGAGGAGGGGCCCCUUCUCCACCCACUCCUCAGCCCCUAACCUGCCUCCGGCCCCAGCUUGCCUCUUUGCCCAUUAACCACUGUGCAGUUUCCUCCUUGCCCCAGAGUCUGGACUUGCUAGUGGUGUCCUGCUCUGCCCCCUAUACAGGCCAGGAGCUGAGCUGACCCUGGGGUGUCCUGUCAGUUUUCACUUAACCAUUCAUUCAGCUUCCCCUUGUUGGCACCCUGCCCCCCACUCCCUGCAUGUGUGCAGGUCUCUUGAGGGUGUCUCAUGAUACUGACACCAAAACCCGCUGCCCUUGCCUGCCCCUCCUAACUGCCCCUGCUUGCAGCCUCAGUCCUGCACCCUGUUGUCUUCAGGAGCCAUUUGUGCCAUCCCUGCUUGUAUCCAACUGGGACCACGCCUGCCCGUGUGCUAGUUUCUCCAGAGCCUAACCCCACUAACCGGCAGGCUCUUCUCACUCAUGGGCCUGAAAUAUUUCUUUUCUCUCUUUUUUUUUCUUCCCCCACUUUUUCCUGGGCCUGGAGCAGCCAAGAAUUUCGGGCUCUUUGACUUUCUGUGAGCCCCGAGGGGAGGCCCAGCCUCUGAGGAGACCAGGAGCCCUGCUUCAGCAGCACCUCAGGGCUUCCCAAGGAUGUUCAGCCCCCACACCCAUACCACAUUAGGUCCCUGGGCUUCUGGGGAGGGCCCUAGGCUUGCCCCACACAGGUCAGAGUGCCCCCUCUCAAGAGAACACACUGUAUCUCUACACACACACACACCCCACACACACACAUGUGCACCUAUGCAAGUUUGCUCACACUCAGGGCUGGUCCCUGCAGAAAGGGCUGGACCCUCUCCUUUACCCUUAGUCAUUUCCCAGGUUAUGGGGCUGGUCCCCUGUCUUCCCUCUCCUCUUCCUUUUAACACUUUUAGUCUCAGACACACACACAUACACACGGCCAGCAUUGUUCCACCUGGAUAAAGCCUGCAAGCUGAGCUCAUCAAAGGACUCCCCACGACUGAUAGGCCAUUUGUGGGCCCACAAGACACUACAUUCAUGACACCCCAGAGCACAGCCGCAAGGGCCUAGAGGCCAGCUUUAGACAGGGGUCUUCUGGGACUUGCAGACAUAGUGCCAGGUUUUCUUACUUUUUACCUCAUUCUCUUUAUACAGAUCAGGCCUUCUCUCUUUAAGCCUCUGUGAUAAAUCCUGGCUCCUUCAAGUUCCCAUAUUUUCAGGGCUGGGGUGUCAAGAGUAAGAUGAGAUCAUUCGCUCUAAGCUUUGGAGCUAACCAAGGUAGGGCUGUUAGCAUUGAUUUCUCCAACAAACACUUCCUGGAGUUCUGCUGGGCAAAGGCUGUCUUUGUUGAAAUUUGACUCAGUCUUGCCUGCUCCCUGGGAGUUCUGGGUUUACUCCCUCCUUAGACCACGGCUUCCUCUAGCCAUCACCACAGAGCUGUUUGCUCUACUUGCUUCCACUCUUGCUCAUGACAGUGUCAAUGCUUCAAUUACUCCAUCCUUUGGUGCACUUCUCUUUCUCUAUUACUCUCCAAACGGUGUCCUCCAUCUUGACAUCUUCAGUGCUGCUGACAUGCUGGGAAUUUACCACCUAUGUUGCUCCAACCCCAACUUUUCCCCAGUCUCAGCAGAGUAUUUUUUAUGAAGACCUGGACAGUCUCAUGGACCUGUCUACAUGAACUCAACUCAUGCCUCCCUCCUUCCCCUCCGCGCCGAUCAAAUGUGUUCCUCCUGCAUUCCAGUGCUGAUCACCUGCAUCGUGACCUGCAUAGGUUCACUGACUAGGAACAUUUAUGGGCUUAAGUUCCACUCCCCCCCCCCUUUUUUUUUUUUCAUAUCUUACAAGUCAUCAUACCAUAUCCACUGCAUCCAACAGCCUUUUUGGAAUUUGGCUUUUCUUUCCCCUCUGCCUCUACUUUAGUUCACUAGAGUGUGGGAUUUGGACUGGGGUUGUUCUGAGUCUGAAUUCUAGCUCUGAUCCUUUCUGAUUUUGUGAUAGGAGAGUUAUCUAACCUCUCUGAGCCUUGGCUCCCUCCUAUGUAAAAUGAUAAUAAUACCUACCUCACAGGGUUGUUGUGAGGAUUGAAAUUAGAAAAUUGUACGAAAAGUGCCUAGCACAGUGCCUGGCACAGACUAGAGUAGGUGCUCAAUAAAUGGUAGCUA